AUGUUGGCAGAUACACCUGAACUUGGAAAGGUUCAUAGCGGACUUGAUCAGAGCAAAGGGAAAGGAUAUAAGCUGAUACCGGGAAGUCUCCCGACAGUGGCAAUGCCAAAGAAAAGCAUAGAGACACCCCGCCCACAUCCAAGACCUGCACCAACAAAACGUCCAUCGCCACCUAUUCCAGAGAGAGUUACCUACAGUUCCCUGUCAGAUCUUCAGAAGACACUGAAAAAUAAAGACCUCCAUGGCUGGAGCAUCCUGAAAACUGACAGUGAUGUCCUUGUUCUUGGACUAUAUGAUCACUCCUCUGGAUGCCUUCAAAAGACAGUUACAGUGGACAUUUAUUUAAAUGUCAAUGUCCGCUUUGGGGAGGUACUGGUUAGGAUGAAGGAGACAAAUCUAAGCAAGGUCCCCAUCAGCAACUUCCUCCAAGAAGUGUCUCAAGUAAGGAAGUGCUCGGGAUUACCUGAUGGCCAGAAUUACAGUGGAAAAGUUUAUCGAUUUGUUUCCACUGUAAUAAGAGACAAUAAACCUGAAGUGGAAACUAUUGUUAGAUCACAGAGAUGUGCUGGAGGUGUGAGCUCAGAUGACACCACAGCUCUUUGUCCAGCAUGUAAGAUUCUCAGCAAUAACACCAUCAUUGAACAGACAUCUAGCAUGCACCCUAAGACACCACUUUCUUGUCUUUCAAACCAGCAACUCAUUAACGAAGUUAAGGCAUCUAGACGGAGCUUAAGAGAGAUGAAAACUCAGAUACAGUCUCUGACAAAUGGUAUGACUGAAACUGUGGCGAAUGACGUUGGAGAGGGGCUCUAUUCUUCCAUCGAAGAAAAUCCUCCAGAUGACAGUUUUUUAGAAUUAUUUUGGAAAGAGCAGAAAAAGGCAUUCAAGUCCAGUCCUAAAGGCAUGCGAUGGCACCCUAUGAUGAUACGUUUUGGGAUAUUUUUGCAAUACCAAAGCGCUAGAGCAUACGAAUCAAUUAGAGAAUCUGGAGUGCUAAAAUUACCCAACAAGUCAACAUUGAGGGAUUACACCAAUGUUAUAACACCAGCCACUGGCUUUCAACCAUGUGUAUUUGAGGAACUUACAAAGAUGGCCAAAGACCUCCCUCCAGAGAAAAGGUAUGUGGCACUCCUCCACGACGAAAUGAAAGUCAAGGCUGACUUAGUUUAUGACAAAAGGAGCGGGCAAAUAAUUGGAUUUACCAACCCAGAAACUUGGACAUUCAAUGAG